AUGUUUAGCAUUUUGCUACUUUACUGCUUCUUUCUGGGGACCGUUCCAGCACUGGCCGAGAGCGGCGGAGAGAGGCGACUGAGCCCCGAGAAGAGCGAAGUAUGGGGUCCCGGACUCAAGGCAGCCGUGGUCCUUCCCGCGCGCUAUUUCUACAUUCAGGCGGUGGACACAUCUGGCGAGAAAUUCACAUCUUCUCCGGGUGAAAAAGUGUUCCAGAUUAAAGUCUCAGCCCCAGAUGAGCAAUUUACUAGAGUUGGGGUCCAGGUUUUAGACCGAAAAGAUGGGUCCUACAUAGUAAGAUACAGAAUGUAUGCCAGCUACAAAAACCUGAAGAUAGAAGUCAAAUUCCAAGGUCAACAUGUGGCCAAAUCUCCAUAUAUUUUAAAAGGGCCGGUGUACCACGAGAGCUGUGACUGUCCCUUGGAAGACAGUGCAGCCUGGCUGCGGGAGAUGAACUGCCCAGAAACCUUUGCUCAGAUUCACAGAGAUCUGGUGCAUUUCCCUACCGUUGACCCGGAAAAGAUUGCAACGGAAAUCCCAAAAAGAUUUGGACAAAGACAGAGCUUGUGUCAUUAUACCUUGAAGGAUAACAAGGUUUAUAUCAAGACUCACGGUGAACAUGUAGGUUUUAGAAUUUUCAUGGAUGCCAUACUACUUUCUUUGACUAGAAAAGUGAAGAUGCCUGAUGUGGAGUUUUUUGUUAAUUUGGGAGACUGGCCUUUGGAAAAAAAGAAAUCCAGUCCCCACAUCCAUCCGAUCUUUUCUUGGUGUGGCUCCACAGACUCCAAGGAUAUUGUGAUGCCCACCUACGACUUGACAGACUCUGUCUUAGAAACCAUGGGCCGAGUCAGUCUGGAUAUGAUGUCCGUGCAGGCCAACACGGGUCCUCCCUGGGAAAGCAAAAACUCUACCGCUGUGUGGAGAGGGCGAGACAGCCGGAAAGAGAGACUGGAGCUGGUUAAGCUGAGCAGGAAGCACCCGGAGCUCAUAGACGCUGCUUUCACCAACUUCUUCUUCUUUAAACACGACGAAAGCCUGUAUGGUCCCAUCGUGAAGCACAUUUCAUUUUUCGAUUUCUUCAAGCAUAAAUAUCAGAUCAACGUCGAUGGCACCGUGGCAGCCUACCGCCUACCGUAUCUGCUGGUUGGUGACAGUGUGGUGCUGAAGCAGGACUCCAUCUACUAUGAACACUUCUAUAACGAACUGCAGCCCUGGAAACACUACAUUCCAAUUAAAAGCAACCUGAGCGAUCUCCUAGAGAAACUUCAGUGGGCAAAAGAUCACGAUGAAGAGGCAAAGAAGAUAGCCAAAACAGGACAAGAAUUUGCAAGAAAUAAUCUCAUGGGCGAUGACAUAUUCUGUUACUAUUUUAAACUUUUCCAGGAAUAUGCCAGUUUACAAGUGAGUGAGCCCCAGAUCCGAGAGGGCAUGAUGAGGGUAGAGCCAGAGACCGAGGAUGACCUCUUUCCUUGCACGUGCCACAGGAAGAAGACCAAAGAUGAACUGUGAUAUGCAAAAUACCUUUCCUUCAAAUAGUGGUGCUCUGAAGACUCUUC